UGGGAUCCCAGUGUGACUUGGCACUCAAGCGGGAGAGGAGCCGAGCUCAAGUACAGAAGAAGGCAAGGCAAAAAAACCCACUCUUUUUUUACUGGCUUCCAUCGGCAUUUUUCACUCUUUGCGCUCAACUGGAACUGUCAAACAGAUUCUCGGCGGGACAUUACUUGGCAGAGUCCGAGUCGCGGUGUUGUUGGCCGACGAAAGCCGCGGACAAACAAAGGGAGGCAGGCUGGACUACAACAACUGAUUUGACAAGAAAGCGCCACUGUUGGAAGAAAGACGGAGAGUCGGAAGUGAUUUGUUUGUCCACGGUGGGGAAAAAUGUGCUUCGAAGCGUUUUGAAGGACAAACAGUAACAGUUCGAGAGAGGAGGAGUUUCUUUUUGGUGAAAAGACUUUCAGCUUUCGGAGUAUGGGAGGAGUUGUCAACCGGCUAUAAAAUGUACCCGCUACACAGAGAGAGGGAGCAGCCCAUCUACAGUGCCCGAGCUCAUGUGUUCCAGAUUGACCCGGCUACCAAACGCAACUGGCUGCCGGCAAGCAAACAUGCCGCCAUGGUGUCCUUCUUCUACGAUGCCAACCGCAGCGUCUACCGCAUCAUCAGCGUGGGCGGGACUAAAGCUAUCAUCAACAGCACCAUCACCCCGAACAUGACUUUCACCAAAACCUCCCAGAAGUUUGGCCAGUGGGCUGACAGUCGGGCCAACACGGUUUACGGCCUCGGCUUCUCUACAGAGCAGCACCUUCAGCAGUUUGCUGAACAGUUUAGGGAGGUGAAGGAGGCAGCUCGUCUAGCCAGAGAGAAGUCCCAGGAGAGGUACGAACUGGCCAACCCUGCUCUCAACAUCGCGGCCCCACAGCUUUCUCAGGAGCUGUCGGAGGAAUGUCACUCACCGCCGCUGCUGACAGUCAACGGGCCAGGAGAGGAAAAGCUGUUUCGCAGUAAAAGUGCAGAAGUGGAGCUCACGGUAGAGAAGGAGAGGGUCAAAAAGAUGCUGUCUGAAGGGUCCAUGUGUGAAAUCAACUUGGAGGCAGAGCUCUUCACUCUACAAGACAGUAACGCCAAGCUGGUAGCAGCACUGCAAGAAGCCAACAGCAGCGUGGCGCAGUGGAAGCAGCAAUUGGCUGAGUACCAGGAAGAGACCGAUCGCCUUAGGGAGCAGGUGGCAGAGUUGGAGGCACAGCUUGGCCAUCCCGCUGCUGCUCACGCUGAUAGCGAGGAGCUCAGCCGCUCACUGGAAGAGCUGGAAACCCUGCUGAGCAUCAAGGAGCAGGAGAUACACAGUCUACAGAGCAAGACAACAGACGUGGGGCAGCUGGAGAGGGAGAGAGAAGAGGCUAUUCACAGACUCAAGGACCUUGAAAGGCGAAACACUGAGCUGGAGGGUCAAGUUCAGAGCGCUGAAAAGACACUGGCCUCCAGCAGGGACGAGCGGGGCAAAGCGGAGGUCGAGGUCCAACACAUCAUCCAGGCACUCGAUGUCAAAAUAUGCGAUUUGAAUGACCUGAGACAAAGUCUGGCCAAACUCAUGGAUAAGUAGUCCCGACUACAGGUGGGCUGCAUCUCCACAGUCAAGGCGGGUUUUCCUUCACUUUCACUUUCACUUUACUGGCACAACCUUAAAAGUGCUUCGCACAGAAUAAGGUAGCGGCGUUCUACUUUCUGACAUGUACGUAGCAAUACUGUACUAGUACUAUCAUGUGUAACAUCUGAUGUGCUACUCUGCCUGCAUUCACACUUGUGGCUCUGCACUCUUGUCUGGAGCCAACAUUUUUCAAACUUAGCAUUCACAUUUGUAUUUUUAUUAUUGAACCAAAGACCGCACAGUUAUAAUAACAUUAGGCAUGAUCAAAUAUGCAAAUAUUAGUAUUGAAACUGAAAUAGUGGUAAAUACAGGUCCAAUAUUGCCGUUGUGGAUAUUAAGAUCAUUGAAUCAUUUUGUGAUUGUGCCUUUAAUUUGUUAAUCAUGAUUAUGAUCAAAGAUUUCAGGCAAACCAAAAAAAUAUUUCUAUCAACAAAUACAUUUUGAAAAAAAAAACAAUACAAGGCAAUGUAAACAAUUUGGGCUGUGAAUCUUUGGGCACCACACCUGGGGGUAACGAUUCAAUUCAGAAUCGAAUCUCGAUUCAAAAUUAAUACUUUAAAAAUAUUGGGUGCCAGUUCUAUGAUUGACUACAUCCCUCCAUAAAAUAGAUAAACAGCUCUGACAAUGUUCUAUAUUACUUAAAAGAAAACUGUUUUUGUUGAAUAAAAUUCUACCCAAACAUUUAAUAAAGUCAAAUACAAUCAAGGCAACAAGAGAAGUAUCUCACACUUCUCUUUUCUAAAGUGAAUCCGUACAGCAGAUAUAGGAAUCUACAUCAACAGUAUGAUUUUCCUGAGUGGCUGGACAGGACCGAUUUUUUUUAAAUAUAUUUUUUAAUCGAUUAUGGAUUUUUUUUUAUCGAUUAAGAAUCGCUAUUCAUUCGAAAAUCAUCAAUUUUUUACACCUCUAGUAAAAAUAUCACCAAAAUAAUACAACUAUUUAUUUGUAUUACAUACAACUGUAGUAAAAUAGGUCAACAAAAGCAAAAACUAUUAUUGGCUGUCAUUCAAAUCCUUUGUAUAUUUGCCCCCAGAGCUAUCUUGUGUCCAAUGAGUUUUUAACGGUUUAAAAUAAUCAAUUAGAAAAGCACAGACCUCGGCCAGGCCAUUUUUCCCAACAGUGAAAAAGUCAUAAAUCCAAGAACAGCCCCAAAAAUGUCAUCAAUUGUUCCUUAUCCCAUUUCUGACAUUUCCUGAAAUUCUUCAUUUUCCCAUCUAUGACAUUUUCUAAAAGGUAGAUGAAAAUCCAUCCAUAACUGUUUAUGCUAUCUGUAGCGGAAUAAAAGAAACGGAGUGAAGCUGUGAGUGAGGGCAGGGCCGCUAGCAUACAAACACAGAAAUGUAAAAUUGUAACGUAAACGUAAAUUAACAUAGUAGAAAUGAUCCAGAUCAGCCCAAAAAUGUAAUCACUUGUUCUUUUUCCAAUUUCCGAUAUUUCCUGAAAGUUAGAUGAAAAUCUACUCAUAACUUUUUGAGUUAUCUAAAGGGGAAUGAUAGGAACUUAGUGAACACUCUUGUCUGUCUCUACUAUCUUUGUCUCUGUGGUGCCGCCAACACACACACACGUUGCCUUACAUUUGAGUGUGUGCACACAAAUCUACGGCAACAUAGUGGAAAUGAUCCAGAUCAGGUGUUCCUUAUACCUUAUUCCCUUUAAAGUAUCAUGAACAUCUGCACGUAACUUUUGGAGUUAUUUUGCUAACUAUAACUGACAGAAAAAGGAAUCACUUGUUUUUGGAUGAAAAUCGAACGACACUGAUCGGUGGCACAUCCUUAAUUCUUAGUCUUUUUUUUUUCCCCUGGACUGUGGAAAUGCAACCCACCUGAGUUUAGUCAGGGAAUAAACAUGUGAAGAUUGAAAAGCUUGACAGUCGUCGCCCAGCAGCCAGAAGCUCUUCAGAGUUGAGCACAAAACCAUCAGUGGAUCAGCAACAUGUAUUUUACCCAAUACUUUAUUUCAGCUGCCGUACUCUCUACUCGCUCUAUUAUUCAUGUUGAUCGAUGAAGGAGAAGCAGGAAAGAUGCUGCUAAAUUGGCAGCGUCAUUCCCUCCCUUGCGUCUGAAUCCGAGAUUCCAUUUGAUUAGUGUAUGUGCCAAGUUUGAUUUUGUUUACAUUUGUUAACGCCAUGAUUACCAGGAAGAAGGAAGGAAGUGUGCAGAGAACAGUUUCAACACAGGAGAACUGCAACACUUCUGUAGUUAAACACAAUGUGUGUGUGUGUGUGUGUGUGUGUGUGUGUGUGUGUGUGUGUGUGUGUGUGUGUGUGUGUGUGUGUGUGUGUGUGUGUGUGUGUGUGUGUGUGUGCGUGUAAGUAUUACAUUACUCAACAGUGUACAACUUGUAAGAAGCACAACUGUAUGAAUUUACUAAAUGGGUACUUGACUGACUUUGUGAAACCGAAGCAAAACUAAAAAGCAUUGUACCUCCUAAUCAUUUCCUCUGCAUGUGACAGGUACGGUGUAAGCUUCUGCAACAGCAAAUGUGAUUUAAAUUAGCUUCUAGAAAAAUCUAGCCACCUGUAGGGUGCAAUUUCGCCUCAUUUUAACAAAACCCAAAACCAGUGAAGUUGACACGUUGUGUAAAUCGUAAAUAAAAACAAAAUACAAUGAUUUGCAAAUCCUUUUCAACCUACCGGUAAAUACAAUUGAAUAGACUGCAAAGACAAGAUACUUAACGUUCAAACUGGUAAACUUUGUUAUUUUUUGCCAAUAUUAGCUCAUUUGGAAUUUGAUGUCUGCCACAUGUUUCAAAAAAGCUGGCACAAGUGGCAAAAAAGACUGAGAAAGUUAAGGAAUGCUCAUCAAACACUGAUUUGGAAAAUCCCACAGGUGAACAGGCUAGUUGGGAACAGGUGGAACCAGCUUUUAUACCCAUGAUUUGGUAUAAAAGCAGCUUCCAUCAAAUGCUCAGUCAUUCACAAAAAAGGAUGGGAUAAGGGUCACCACUUUGUGAACAAAUUUGUGAGCAAAUUGUCAAACAGUUUAAGAACAACAUUUCUCAACGAGCUCUUGCAAGGAAUUUAGGGAUUUCACCAUCUACGGUCGGUCCGUAAUAUCAUCAAAAGUUUCAGAGAAUCUGGAAAAAUCACUGCACGUAAGCAGCAAGGGCGAAAACCAACAUUGAAUGCCCGUGAUCUUUGAUACCUCAGGCGGUACUGUAUCAAAAACCGACAUCAGUGUGUAAAGGAUAUCACCACAUCUAAGAUGGACUGAUGCAAAGUGGAAAAUUGUUCUAAAUCCACAUUUCAAAUUGUUUUUGGAAACUGAACAUCGUGUCUUCCGGAACAAAGAGGAAAAGAACCAUCCGGACUGUUAUAGGCGCAAAGUUCAAAAGCCAGCAUCUGUGAUAGUAUGGGGGUGUAUUAGUGUCCAAGACAUGGGUAACCUACACAUCUGUGAAGGCACCAUUAAUGCUGAAAGGUACGUACAGGUUUUGGAGGAACAUAUGUUGCCAUCCAAGCAACAUCUUUUUCAUGGACGCCCCUGCUUAUUUCAACCGGACAAUGCCAAGCCACAUUCUGCACGUGUUACAACAGCGUGGCAUCGUAGUAAAAGACUGCGGGUACUAGACUGGCCUGCCUGUAGUCCAGACCUGUCUCCCAUUGAAAAUGUGUGGUGCAUUAUGAAGCGUAAAAUACCACAACUGAGACCCCGGACUGUUGAACAACUUAAGCUAUAAAUCAAGCAAGAAUGGCAAAUAAUUCCACCUGAAAAGCUUCAAAAAUUGGUCUCCUCAGUUCCCAAACGUUUACUGAGUGUUGUUAAAAGGAAAGGCCAUGUAACACAUUGGUAAAAAUGCCCCUAUGCCAACUUUUUGCAAUGUGUUGCCACCAUUAAAUUGUUUGCAAAAACUAUUUUAAGUUUCUUAGUUCAAACAAUAAAUAUCUUGUCUUUGCAGUCUAUUCAAUUGAAUAUAAGUUGAAAAGGAUUUGCAAAUCAUUGUUUUAUGUUUAUAUUUACGAUUUAAACAACGUACCAACUUCACUGGUUGUGGGUUUUGUAUUAACAUUUUGAAGGAAGUGUUUUGUUUAUCAUUACAACUACUUUUUCUCAAGUGGUCAGAAUAUUAGUUCGCUGGGAAAGAAAUGGUGUUCUAACAAGUUUCACUGUGAUUUUAUUCCUAUCAGCUUCACAUUUCAUCAUCCCAGCAACUUAUUUCACCAUCUGGCAGUUCUGACCUCAGCAGCCAUAUGCAAGCCUCUAUGUAUACUUUUGAAGUUUUUCACUACUCCUUUGUGGUUAAAAAAAUUAUAAUAAUAAAUCCACACUUCACUUAUUAGCAAGGCAGUGUUUUUAGCAUGGCAGUGUUUUUAGCAUGACAGCUUUUAACUACAGGCCAGAAAAUCAAACACACGGUGGUUCUCAGGCUGAUCAAACACAUUUGCAAACCGCAAAAGUACUUGUACAGCAGUACUGUACCUUGGUUUUUGGUAGUAAAUCCUUCCAAAAGAUCAGACAAAGACUGAACCGAUACAUUGUUUCCCAUAAGAAAUAGUGAAAAUCUAAUUCAUCCGUUACCUACAGUCAAAAAUAUUACCACAAGACUUUUUGUAGAAAAUUAUUAUAGUUUUACAUGCAGAAAACAAAGAAAUAACAAAUUAAUAUCAGUUUUACCUUUUUUUUGAAGACUCUAGAUGGCGAAGAGCAGAAGUGGAGGGAGCCAUCUUCCUACUUUGCUCUGAGUACUUUCUGAAUGUUUCUUCUCCUCUUUACCAAAGUGCUCCCACAUGAUACUUUCUUUGGUCACAGUCGUACUGAUAAAAGAAAGCAAAGACUUGAGUCACCAACCUGUAGGAUUUAUUUUCUUUGGACACUCGAUUCCACGGGAUGAUUGACUUACUUGUUUUGCAAUUUACAUUAACUGGUACAAGACAUGAAAACCGGGGUAAUAUUCUGCAAAGAUUUUCAUCAAACUGAAUAACAAGAUAAGUGGGGCGCAUAAAAACUAACUAAAAAACUGAGGUACAAACAGUAUUAUUUCAUGAGAUACACACAUAAAUGUUUGAAAUCAUAUUUUCUCUUCAGUUGCACUUGUGAUAUUUCUAUAGCUUCUGAUUGCUGGCAUGCAACACAUUUUGAUAAGACUUAUUUUGCACAUCGUUGACACAAAUAAUAUUUUGUAGUUUUUACUGUUUUUGUUGCUCAAAAGGACAAAUCCAUCGAUGCUCAUAUUUUCACCAUCAAUGAAACUGAUUUGUUUUUGUGUAACCACCCAUAUUGUGUUCUCUCGUACUAAACAAGACUGGAAACGGGAAAUUGUAUAAUCUAUCAUACAAGUUUUUUUCUGUACUAACUGUAGAGGAAGACCUUAAAGGUGCCAUAUGUAAUAAUUUCAUGUCAAGUCAUCAUUAAAUGGCCCUCGUAUGUCAAAAGGCAUUAAUAAAUCAUGUUCUUUUCGAAUACCUUUAUAACUAUAGUUCAGCUGGGAUAUGCUAAUUUCAAAAUUAGUUUUACAGCCCAGAAAUAUUGUUAUUGUUUUCAUUUCAAUGCCCAGGCCUCCACCGUUUGACCAAUUAAAAAGUCUGUCAGUGAGUCACAUCCAGUUUGCCAGUUACGCACCGCACUCUUCGUCUAGCUACUGCCACUGGUAAAGUUACUAAACAUGUCAGACCUUAGUAAAUCUAAAAGGCGUCGUUACGAUUCUCAACGUAUUCAUGACAAAGCCAGGAACAAAACGAGUAUCGGGGAUGCCUUUGAAAGAUGGAGACGAUUGAAGGCAGAGAAGAUUUUUACAUCUGACGCCAAACUUGCUCAUUUCCUCCUUGAUAGGUAAGUCAGGUAUUUAUUACUUGUAAUAAAUGGAAAUGGACAUUUUGUAUGUAAACUAUAUUGUCCAACACAGUCUUGUCUAACAAAGCUAGUAUGUUCGUGCAACGAAUGCUUAGGAGCGAAGCACCAUCACACAAGUGUAGCUUAUGGGUUAUACUUAUACUUGUGUAGCGCUUUUUUCUACCUUUUAAGGUACUCAAAGCGCUUUGACACUAUUUCCCCAUUCACACACACAUUCACACACUGAUGGCGGGAGCUGCCAUACAAGGUUCUAACCACGACCCAUCAGGAGCAAGGGUGAAGUGUCUUGCUCAAGGACACAACGGACGUGACUAGGAUGGUAGAAGGUGGGGAUUGAACCAGGAACCCUCAGGUUGCUGGCACGGCCACUCUCCCAACCGCGCCACGCUGUCCCCACGCUGUCCC